AUGCCUGCAGAUCAUGGCGAAAACACUCCACUUCUGGAUACCUCUCGUCCUCACCAGGGAAGGCUACGUAAUGCUCUUCCCCAAUGGACAUCGAUUCAAUGGAGAGUAAUGCUGCUGUCAGCUUUUCUGAUGUUCUCGGUCAAUUUUGGGCAUUUUAUGGGGACCGCGCCGCAACUACUGAUCUUUGAGAACACCAUUUGUGAAAACUACAAGCGAUCCCUCGGUCGGGAGGCUUCGCACACGACCCUAGGUUUGGACGGCGAUAUAUGCAAAUCAGAACCCGUGCAGACGGAGCUUGCUUUCAUCAGUGGGUGGAAGAACACGCUUGAUGUUUUGCCAGCUCUUCUUCUCGCUUUGCCUUACGGAGUUCUGGCCGACAAGUUCGGGAGAAGACCUUUUGUUAUCCUCUCUACAGCGGCAACCGCAAUUAGCUGGUUCAAUUUGCCCCUCCGCCUAGUGUGGCUGACAGGCAUGUUUCGAGCACCAGGAGGCGGUGAUCAAUUUGCUACAUUCAUUCUCAUGACCAUCAUAGCGGACGUGUUCAGUGAGAAACAAAGAACCACAGCUUUAUUCCGCUUGGCCUCAUUACCUAUCAUCGCUGAAGUGGUGGCAACUCCUAUCAGUGCAACCCUCAUGAAGGUCAACCCGUGGACCCCAUUUCUGGUAGGGCCUCUCAUUGUGCUUGCCGGCGCUGUCUUCAGCGUCCUAGUUCCUGAGACUCUUAACAAAUCAGAAUCGAGAUCGACCGAGGGCACUGCCGCGUCUCCUCUGCCACCAUCAAAGCCGAAUGCACGAUCUCUUAUAACAAGCAAAGCCAAACACUUCAUCGCCGAUACAAAAUUCUUAUGGGAAACCCCCAAACUGCUUAUAUGCCUUGUUGUUGUCUUUGCCGGGGUUCUAGAUAAAAGCUCCCUGUUCCUGCUUAUCCAGUAUGCGUCAGCCAAAUUGCACUGGACUAUUGCCAGGGCAAGUUAUCUUAUCUCAAUCCGAGGCUGUAUGACUCUGGCAACCUUCCUCGUAUUCGUGCCGCUAUUGUCAUCCUUUCUUAUUCGGCACUUGCACUACAUCACUCUGGAAAAGGAUCUCGUGAUUGCAAAAAUUGCCGUUACAUCUGGCAUAAUAGGUUAUCUCCUGAUCUUUACCGCCUCUGAUGCAGUUUUGCUCACUAUCGGGUGUCUAUUUGUCUCACUUUCUAUGCCGUUUGUGAUCACGGUCAUCAGCAUUGCAACUUGUUUCACUCCAGCCGAACAUGUCGCGACUUUGUACACAGCCAUGUCUGUGUCCCAAUCGAUAGGAAUCAUCGCCGCCGGGCCAAUGUUCGCUAAACUGUAUACUGCGGGUAUGCAUAUAGGACUAGAGUGGUCGGGUCUUCCGUUCGCUGCUGCCGCAACUCUCUUCGCUCUCAUUCUGAUCUCGCUUCUUUUCCUUGGACCCAAUUCUUGA